CUCCCAAGACAAUGGGACUCUGUCUUCGCCCUAAUCAGUUGCAUGUUUUCAUGCUAAAGGAGCUAUACCUCACCAGAGUAUUUAAUUACUGGUACUUACUGGUACUUCAUAUCAUCUUGAUUUGGAUCUUAACAGUGGUCAUUUAUAUUAAAAAGUGUCUGGAUUCAAGAUCUGUGUGGAGAUUUGGAGGAGUCCAAGAGACUGUGUUGGACAAAGAUGGAGGGCCCAGACAUCUAAGAGAUAAAAAUCUGAACAAUAGAGGUGAACCAAUAAGCAAUGUAUCUGUGGUCAGAUUGUUUUUGUGCAGCAGGUCCAGGCUUGCUCCAUUUCUGAAGAGUCACCACACCACCUGUAAGCCAGCAGAGAUGGAAAAGCUCAUGGAGAAUGAUGUAUUUAUGGCCUUCUCCACCUAUGCUGCUAUUGUCAUUCUGAAGAUGAUGCUGAUGGCGCCAAUGACUGCAUACUACCGCCUCACCAGAGGGGCAUUUGCUAAUGAUGAAGAUGUGAGCAGAAAACCUGCAGAAGAGAGGAAGAAGCUUCUGAGAGCCCAUCCAGAUGUAGAACGAGUUCGAAGGUGUCAUCAGAAUGACCUGGAGAACAUAAUCCCCUUCGUGGUGAUCGGUCUUCUUUACGCUCUGAGUGGCCCUGAACUUUCGACUGCUCUGCUUCACUUCCGCCUCUUCACUGGCUCGCGGAUCUUCCACACCAUUGCUUACGUUGGUGCUCUGCCUCAGCCCAGCAGGGGUCUGUCCUGGAUGCUGGGCAUGCUGGUCACCUUCUCCAUGGCUUACAGGGUGCUCAGUACAGUUGUCCUCCUUUAAAGAUGACAACUGGACCAGUAGACCUUGAUCUCUUCUACACAAGCUUACAUUCCUAUGAUACCUGAACUUGUUUUUUACUUCACUUUCUAUGAGCUUGAUUAUUAAACAGCCAUUGUAUUCAUUUUUGCCCUCCCUGUAACUUGCUGGAACUGUGAAUGGAAAAUUUAGUUUUAAUAAACUCAAUAAAUCAA